AUGUCCGACAACAUGUCCGACAACGAACGCCGCCACUGGCACGGCAUAGCAGGCGAUCGCCACGAGCACCACAACGUCUGGACAGCCGGCGGUGCAAAGGGUCCUACCUCCCGCGCACCGUGGGCUCUGACGCCGGAGAUGAUGGCGAACCUGAAUGCCCGCAAGGGCUCCGACGCCUCCACGAGCUCGAACUCCGCCGCCGCCAACGCCGCGGCCGGCACCACGAACGCGGCCGGCUCCCCGCCCAUCCCGAGCAUUAGCGAGCGUCGACGCUCGAGCGCCUCGUCCGGCAGUGGCGGCGGCCUCUUUUCCAAUCUGCAUACUCAGAAGCGGGAGUCGGUGGACCCGACUAUGGCGGGGCGUCGGGCGAGUUGGAACGAGCAGCAGGCGCAGGGAGGAUACUUUUCGAAGUUGUGGAAUGGGUAUACUCGGGGAGAUAAGUGA